AUGUCUGCCUCAACAGCGAGAAGCCGUUCAUCCGCCCCCGCUGAACUCAGCAGCAGCGACAGCGGCGCAGAGCGCUGCUUGAACCCCCUGGCUCUUUUAAGGGCCGCCUACGAGGACGGCGUUGACAGUUGCAUGCUGCAACAAGUGGGUGGCGUGGAGCGUCUAGUGCUGCAGAAGCGAAACUGCUACAUCGAUGCGGGAGCUCCUUCAGGCAUCGCAAGCCGCAAGAGGGAGGCCUACACGGUCGCUGAUCUCUGGCUCCUGCUCUCUACCCCCAAGGAGGCGUACAACUACUUAGCCAUCACGGAGAAAGGGCAUCGCUACAUCAACGUUCUUGAGCGCCCUAAGAUCUUGCAUGCCAUCUCUGGACCGUUGCCUCGUUCCACGACUGCUGGCGAGGCUGCUGCAGCGGGCAGUCCUCCGACUGCUUCAGCAGCAGCAGCAGCUGCUGCGACAGCUCAAGAGACGGCUGCAGCAGAGGCUGCAGCCCUUCUGGCGGCGCACAAGCAGCCGCUUUUUCCGUUGGACCCCUCUCUUCCGAUCCGCUUGCCUGGAGAUGAAGACGCCCAGAGCUCCCUGGAUACAGCUGCUGCCGCUGCUGCGGCAGCCGCGGCUGCGCAGCAGGGGAGGCAGCACUGGGUGUUGCCUCAGUGGUUCGACGGGGAGGCGGAUCUCUCGCUCUGGGGGCCUGUCGAAGCGGAGAAAACGAAUGUCAGCGACGACAGCUGCAGCCUGCAUCUUCUGCGGCUGCAACGCCCUCUGCAUGCACGCGCUGCUGCGGUGCUGACACGGGGAGUUAAUUUUGGAGAUGUCUUGGGGGAGUUGGUGGCCGUUGAAAAAGCCAGGAGAGCCAAGCGGCCCCUCGACGCCUUUUCUUACAAGACGUUCAACUCCCAAAGAGCUGCUGCUGCUGCUGCUGCUGCUGCUGCUGCUGCUGCUAAUGCUGCUGCUGGGGAUUUCGCAGCGGGAACGGCCUCAGCUGCAAGGCAACAGCAGCAGAAGCGACUGAAUUGCGGAGCUGCCGAGCACCGGGGAGUGCCUCGAGGGCCCUCAUCUGCUCCGCGUUUCUGCGUGCUGGACGAGGUGUGCGUACACCUGAAGCGGCGACCUUUGCUGUUGCUCCCCUCGCUGGCGGCGAGCGGCUCCGGGUGUCUCCUUACGAGAGACAACGCAAAGGCCUUCCUGGAGGGUGGUACUUUUGUUGAUCCUCGACAAGCUCACAAGGAUGCCGUUGCAGCUGGAAUCCCCGUCUCGGCGGAAGGCGUGUCGAUCAAGCGCCGGAUCCGCAACAAGGAGUACACCUUCAAAGCUCUGGAGUGUACGUACACCCCAAAGUUCACGCAGAAGGACUGGGCCUCCGUCGUUGGGGUCUUUUUAGGAGGCGGCAGCGCGGAAAAAACAAAGUGGCAAUUCAAUGAAUGGCCGUUUCAGGGAUGGGUUGAGCUCUUUCAGUCAUUCCGGGGCGCACUCUUUGCGUAUGAUGAAGAUGCCAUUCCUCCAGAAGUUCUCCAGUGGAAUAUCAGAGUGUUUCGUCUGUCACGCAGCCACCGCCAUAACGACGCGGCAGUGGCAAAUGACUACUGGCGUUUUCUCGAAGAGUUUGUCUUGGCCCCGCGGCAGCUGCGCAUCAGCAGCAGCAAAAAAAUCUGCGUGUCUUCCACAUGA